UGGACAACAUAACAAAGAGUAUUUAUGGUUACAAUUUGCUAAUAAUCAUUAGAGACUGUCUUUGAUCAUAACAAUCUUUAAAAUAUCGUCAAUUUAUCUAAUCAUGUUAGAAGCAGAGGUGCUGUCAGACUUGGCAAACUUACCUGCUGAUCCUCCUAAAAUGCGCAAUGUUUGUGAUAAAUGCGAAAGACCUUGUAGCGUAUGCUGGUGCAGUGCCUUACCAAACCCUCCACUUUGUCCAAAGCAUCGAAUUGUCAUUCUUCAACAUCCUGCUGAAGAAAAACGCUCCUUACGUACUGCCCCAAUGUUGAAGUUGGGACUUGAACAUGAUAGUUGUAUAAUAUUCAGGGGCAAACGUUUUCCAGGGCAUAAUAAAGAUCUAGAACAAAUAUUACUACAACCAAAUACACUUUUAUUGUGGCCAAGUCAAGAAUCAGUAGAUUUAGCAGAAGUGGCAAGUGAAAAGAGUUUCCCUUCUUUAAACUUGGUUCUCUUAGAUGGUACCUGGCCUCAAGCAAAGACAAUGUAUUCAGGGAACCCAAUUCUGCAGAAAAUAAAACAGACUAAAUUAUUGGUAAAAGAAUGUAGCAAUUAUAUUAUACGGACUCAACCUACAGAUGGUUGUUUGAGUACAUUAGAGACUGCCGCAGAAGCUUUAAGUAUUCUAGAAAAUAAUUGUAUUUAUAAAGAAAAACUUAUAAACCCUUUGAAAUCUUUAUGUAAGUAUCAACUUCAAAAUGGUGCAGUAUCUCAUGAAAGUAAGGAAUUCAGGAUCAAGAACAAUUCUUAUCCAAAAUUGGUUGGAAAAAGGCUGAACAAAGUUUUGAAAAGUGCAGAGAAAUUUCACCCUUCAUAGAAAAAAUUUUCUCAAAGGAAAGUUGAUAUAUCAGAAAAGUUGGAAAUUUUUUACCCAUCACACAAAUAUUUACACACAGAAAGAAGAUGAAAUAUCUUCAGAGAGGUGCUGACAGGGAAGUUUUGAAAUUAUUUUGAAGCUGUGGCUGGAAGUGAAAGAUUUGAAUCAAAUGAAAUAUAGGUAACAAUGAUAUGAACUUUAGAGCUUCGUUAAAAUUCAAUUUUCUGUAUUGAAUGAGAGAAUCGAUUUGUAUCACCAUAUAAUUAAUAUUUAUUUCAAUAAAAAACCUUAAACAAU